AAUAUGUUUAUUGUUUUUUUGAAUGGAAGUGAUACAGGAGAAUGAAAGGUAUGUACACACGUCCCGGGUGUGUUGUUCCUCCCAGACAGGGUCCAGGAGGAGAGAACAGUGUCCCCGUCGGUGUCAGAGGGGGUGAAGACCAACCCCACCUCCCUGGCCGACAUGUGUCAGCAGCUACAGUACAGGAUCCAGGAGCAUUCCGUGCUCCACUCUGGUGGCGGUGAUGACGUCAGAGCUGGGCCUGAUCUGGCAGGACCUGAAGGGGCUGAUGGAAGAGCCCACGCUGAACCAGGAGGAGAACAGGCAGCUGCAGGCGGAGACAUGCCAGGAGGUGCUCCGCAUCUGCCAGGAGCUCUACCUCAACUACCUCAACUACCUCCACCUGCUGGACAGGCUGAGGCGCCACGCGCUGUUCAGUGCAGCCGCCUGGGGGCCCAGAUGGCCAUAGACUGCACCAGGCUGUGAGUGACUGGCGAGCAGGGUUUCCCCGAGCUCCAUCAUUUCCUAGUUUAAACGUCCACUCGAUCAGACGCAGCGUAGCGGCAGGGAUCAAGGCUACGCGGAGAGCCCGGUUGAGCGCUGAGAGACCCAGAGCUGCCGGACGCAACCUGAAAGGGGCGAUGGAGACACACGCAGCGCUGCCAUGCAAACUGGACUUUGGCCUGACUCUGCAGACCAAGGCUGGCUGCAAGAAGAGCGGUGCCAUCAAGCAGGGCAAAAACCCUAUGGAGAGGGACCUCCGAGAGGCAAGAGACAUAGAAAGAGAGAGGGAGAGAGAGUAUGUGUUGUGUGAGUGAGUGUGGGUCGGUAGGUUUGUGUGUGUGCUUGUGUGUCUGUCUGUGUGUAUACGGUACCUACAUCUUUCUGUGUGGGUGUGUGUGUCUCCAUGCGUGUGAAUGUGUGUGUACACUUGCUUCUCUGCUGUUUUGGUGUGUGUGUGUCUGUGGUAAAGCUACAGGGAGCUGAAAUGUUCCCUUCUCUCUCCCUGCCUGUCUGUCAGAUGACUGAGAAGAUGGGAGACAUGGACCUGGAGCAGGUCCAUGUUGAUGGAGUUGAUCACCAACAAAGGCUUUCUAUCGCUCUCUCGCUCUUUCUCUCUCUCUCUCUAUUUCUCUGUCUCUUUCUCUGUCUUUCUAUCUCUAUAUUUCUCUCUCUUUCUCUGUCGCUCUGUCUCUCUCUCUCUCGCUCUUUCUCUCUCUCUCUCUCUCUCUCUGUCUCUCUUUCUCUGUCUCACUCUCUCUAUCUUUCUCUCACAUAGACGGGCACACACACACACACACAUAGUCAAGUACACUUGUGACAAUUAUAAUCAAUUGUUUGUCAUUGUUUACCAGCAUGUAUUACCAUGGCUACACCAGACCAGACCAGUUCCACUAUACUAUACACAUCAUACACUAUUCACACCCACUCCUACUGGUCCCUGAAGACAUGCAUACAGGAUGGUUAUUAUUGACAAGUCAUAACUUAUUUACUUAUUUUUAUGAGUUGUAUUUUAUGCAGUUAUUUUUGUGAGCACCCAGGGGUAUAGUUCCAUGCCAGACCUGCAGAGGGAGACUCUCCUGGAGGAGCUGGAGAUGGAGGCCCUGCCUGCCAGACCCCAGUCGCCUCUGGUGCUGCUGUCCACUGGGCCCUGCUCCAACAUCGAGAAGCACAUUGACCCUGCCCACGACCUCAGGAGGUUGCUACAGGACAGAGUGAUUGUGGAUCAGGCUGUGACAGACUCUGACACAGACCUCCCUCUGAUCAAGGCCCUGACGUGGAGAAGUUCCACCAAACUACAACAGCUCACACACACUCUGCAGGACUCUGACUGGGCGGCGUUCCACCUGUACGAUAGUGGCGAUAGUGAUGAUGAGGAGGACGAGAGAAGGAGACUGCUCCAGCUACGACGAGACGAGAGGAAGAAGAGGCAGAGGCAGAAGAUGGAGGCUCUAAAUGGUCAGAAGCAGGAGUACGUGACAGGGAUGUGGAACGUCAACACGGUGCUGCUGGGAGGGCUGUGGAAGGAACCCGAUCUGGAGGAGGAGGAAGAGAGCCCAGAUGAAGAAAUAACCAGCCCUAAACAGAGCCGGAUCGAGGAACGGGAAUGCAGACGCGCUGUCCCGACGCGACCAAGACGGUGCGUCUGGCGCCCGACCCUCCGGUUCGGUCCUGGGGGGGAAGAGAGAAUGGAACCAGCAGAGAGGAGAAAAACUAUCUCUGGAAGAUGGCCACCGAGAGAGAGAAGCUGAGCUGAAAGAACCACGAAGAUGGUGACAAACCCGUGAUUUAUGUUUGUUGUAGUUUAAAGAUUAUCCUAUUGUGUUCUUGUUUCAUCUGGAGAAGAAGAUGUGUGUUUUUCCUUGGAAGAUUUUUCAUUGAUUAUGUUAGAAUGUUUUUGUUGACAAAAUACCCUCAAUAGAGAACCGUGUUCAAUCAGAAAAACCUACUCCUGACUCGUUUAUUCCACCUUCCCGCUUUAGAGUGACGCCUAAUUACUUGGUACGCUCACACCAUAGAGACAGAGCUCAUCAUAUCACCAUAGACAGAGCUCACCAUAUCACCAUAGAGACAGAGCUCAUCAUAUCACCAUAGACAGAGCUCACCAUAUCACCAUAGA